AGUAACUAAUUCAUAGUUAUAUAAUCAAAGUAAUCAUCCAAUUGACAGCAGUUAACAGAUUUCUUUGCGAUUGUCAGAUGAUAUUCCAUUUAUUUGUGAUUUGAUAAAGACGAGUCAAGUUCGAAUCGCGUUUUAAAAGCACAUGGGAUAGAAGAUACGACAACGAAUGAGUAUUUUGAUCUCGGGAAAGAUUCAAAUACGGAACUAUAACCUCAAUUUACUACAUGAAUUCGUAUCAACAGGUAAUAAAUACCGGCUCUCAACCGCCUACUGUGUACGAUCAAAAAUAUGUAGAUUUCGUGGAUAACAUACUGAAGGAAGUAGCCGAUGAUUUUGAGAGAGAGAAAAAAUUCUCCGAUCAAAAUCUAUUGAAACUACACAAGCUGUUUGAUGGAGUAUUUGAAAGAGCCUUAGAUUUGUACGAGCAACAACGAGUGACACAAAUUUCUACAUCUAAUACGAUUAUAACAGAGUCAUGCAAAAGUGCUAAUGAGGCCAUCUGGUUAAUGCAAGUUAAAGGACAUUCUGGAGCAUUGUACACACUUUUUCCAGAAAUAAAUUAUUGUACUUGUGCUGCUUUCAGGUUUCAAACAAAUAUGACACCCUCUAAUAUAGAAGAUUACGUUUUACUUGCAAAAGUGGGAUUGAAAAAUCUAGAAAUUAUAAUAGAAUUAUUAAAAGCUAUCAACUUUAAAGAGAUAGCUACUUGCCUCGGUAGUGAAAAUGGAUUGAAAAUCACAGUUGAGGAUGCAAAAUGUAUACAGGCCAGUGCAUAUAUCCCAUCUACAGUUUUUGAUGAAUUUGAAUUAAAAGAAGAUGUGACGUUUUCAUUAAAUCUGAACAUAUUAGUGGAUUGUCUUUGUAUGUUCUGGCCUACUUCACAAGAAGAUUCCGUUACAAUGCAAAUAUUUUACAAAGGUACAGGCUAUCCUCUAACUAUUAUCAUUGAAGAAAAUGGGAUCAUAACAGACUGCUCGUUAAAAACUUUAGAAGUAAAGGAAUUGUUAGAUUUCCAUCUUGAUACAGAAAACGUUGUAAAUAAAGUAGUAUUGCAAACAAAAUUAUUGAAGUCUAUCAUGGCUGAAUUAGAUCCAACCAGUCGACUACUCGAGUUACAUUUAUCGCCGGAAGAACCCUUUUUCAGAAUUAGUUUGCAAGGUAUAGGCAGCGUUUGCGACAUCGACUUACCACAUGAUGAUGAUGAUUUAAUAGACACAUUUCAAUGUACGAAAACGGUUACAUCCACUUUUAAAUUAGAGCAUAUUAUACUGGCAAUGAAAGCGUUAUCAUGUGCGAAUAAGAUUUCCCUAAGAACUAAUGACGCCGGUCUAUUGUGUUUUCAAUACAUGAUUAAAACCGAAGAUGGAAACACAUGUUACAUGGAAUAUUACAUCUCUCCAUUGAUUGGAAAUUUGGAAUGAUCAACAGUGGUGAUAUAAACAUAUUAAUCAAAAAUAAAAUAUAUUCAGAUGCCCAAAUAUAAA